AAAAAAUUAUAAGGCGGUGUAUUGUUUUUGUCGCUUGGGAAAAUAUUAUUGGACUUUAUUUACUUAUCAAAUGAAGAGACUACUGUUUAUUUUAGAUUGAGUUAAGGAAGUAAAUUAGUCUACUUCAAAUUUAACAUAUGGAAAUAAUGUCUUUACUGCGAUUUUAUAUAUUCAAUAAAUUCCAACUGUUAAACCGCUUUCUGGCUUUCGUCAAGAAUCAUAUUUGGUGCUUUUCGAUUGGUAAGUGAUUCAGUGCUGGCCAAUGAAAACGCUUCGCAAAGAUUUUGAAUGACGGGAGCCAUGAAGACGAUAUAGAUAUUGGAAAUCGUCGGCCAAACUUCGCAGAAUUUUGAAAACUGUAGUUAUGAAUACGCUGUUCUUAUCACAAGCAUACACCGACUGGGACAACGGAAGGCAUUAUAAGCAAACAGCCAUUAUACCUUCAUCCCAGUAGACAGACGUGAUAGCAAAACGCCAUCGUCUAUGCUUUGAAGCCAACAUAUUAUACUCUACAGUUCAUCGAGAACAACGGUUAGUGCGUCCCCAGUUCUGUUCCGACAAAGGGCUAACUCCGACUGAGGCGUAACGUAUUGGUUUAUUAUCGCUGUCUUCAAAUGGAUAUAACAUGGAGCCAAAAUUGUACCAACUUCAAAGAGUCCAAUUGUACAAAUUUAAGUGGAGACUCAGUUCAUUGCAGUUAUAUAUGGCUUGGCGUUAACCUUGCACUCGUUCUCCCUAACUUCAUCGGCAACACGCUAGUAUGUCUUACCAUCAUCAAGACCAAACCACUGCACAACUUCUGUAACUUUUUGCUUGUGAAUCUAGCCAUCUCGGACAUGGUACUCGGAGUAUUAGAUUUGUUGAGUGUUGUUCUCGCCCUUCUUAGUGAUAACACAUCCUCCAUGAAUGUCAGACUUGUCGCCUUUUGUGUAGUCGAGGUCUCCAUUUUUACUGUGACUGCGAUCUCGUUUGAACGGUACACGGCGAUAGUGAAGCCAUUCCAGAGACUCGGUGCGGCCAACGUAGGGAGACUAAAGAUCGUUAUUCCUGUUUUAUGGAUUCUGGGAAUCGUUUUUAAUAUCCCUUCUUUCAUCCUGUUUCUUGAUUCAACACUUGACGAUCAUACAGCGAUCGAUUCUCACCUGGACAAGAACCUAGCGUCGGCAAAGGUUGACGGUGUUGUGCACUUCUUGGUGUGUUACGUCGUCCCAUCGCUUGUCAUGUGGGUCACCUAUUUCAAGAUUGUUCAAGCUUUACAAAGGCGAAGUAGAGUAGUUGGCACGAAUUCUAGUUCAUCUGCUUUGAAAGCUCAGAAAAAGGUCGCUAGACUCCUUGGACUUGUUAUCUUAUCGCACAAUAUUUUCUUCUUGCCGUUUUCUGUUACUUCUGUCUUAGUCAUGGUUUUUGGCCUGCCUAACAUGUCUUUAUUUCUUGACGUGUUUUACUACCUACAAUUUCUAAGCCCGAUUGCGAAUCCUUUUAUCUACUGGGUUCAUAGUCAAAAAUUUCGCAAUUCCUUCCGCGAUAUCAUAGGACCAUAUUCAAAGUGAAAGCGAGAAGCUAAACAAAUUGUAGUUUCCUCAGUUAUAACAUAGUUCAAUGUCCGUAUUAUUUUCCCUUUUUGUUGGUAUUAAAUUUGUGUUCGUUACUCGGGUACUGAAGCUUAAUUUACUCUUUUAAACCAUUUAAUAAUGUAAUGUAUUAACUUGGAAACCUUGGUUUAAUAAAAAAAAACGACAACAAAUAGAUAUGAGAAUGUAGUAUAGAAGCCAUCGAGUAACAAAAUUAAUGCAAUUUGAACGUUAUUAUAAUUGACAUGUUCUUAUUAGUGGACCGUUAAUAAAAUUCAUAUAUGGUGU